GCCGCGGCGGCCGCUGCUGCUGGUGCUGGUGCCGCCGCCGCCGCCUGGAUAUAGUGCGGCAGGGAGCGGAGCUUGCAGUCACUUUGCAAGGAGGAGCGCGCGGGCUGCGGGCGGCUGGGGCACCCCCGGAGCGGCGGCGGCUCUAGCAGAGGCGGCCGUGACAGCGGAAGGUUCUCUCUCCGGGGCUGGACUUAAUAACUUUGGAACUGUCCACCGGUGUCACGUUCUGAACAUGAGCCUCCUCCUCUCCUUCUACCUGCUCGGGUUGCUUGUCAGUAGCGGGCAAGCUCUUCUUCAAGUGACAAUUUCACUUAGCAAAGUAGAGCUUAGUGUGGGUGAAUCUAAAUUCUUCACAUGUACAGCAAUUGGUGAACCUGAGAGUAUAGAUUGGUAUAAUCCUCAAGGGGAGAAGAUAAUUUCAACACAGAGGGUAUCAGUGCAAAAGGAAGGUAUUAGAUCAAGAUUAACCAUCUACAAUGCAAAUAUAGAAGAUGCAGGGAUAUAUCGUUGCCAAGCAACAGAUGCCAAAGGACAGACACAAGAAGCUACAGUCGUUUUGGAAAUUUACCAAAAACUCACUUUCAGAGAAGUGGUAUCUCCUCAAGAGUUCAAACAAGGGGAGAAUGCAGAAGUAGUUUGCCGAGUCAGCAGCUCACCCGCACCUGUCGUCAGCUGGUUAUAUCAUAAUGAGGAAGUCACCGCUAUAUCCGACAAUCGGUUCGCUAUGUUAGCCAACAAUAAUCUGCAGAUUCUCAACAUCAAUAAAAGUGAUGAAGGUAUAUACAGGUGUGAAGGAAGAGUGGAGGCUAGGGGAGAAAUUGACUUCCGUGAUAUCAUUGUUAUUGUUAAUGUGCCACCAGUGAUCACAAUGCCUCAGAAAUCCUUUAACGCCACAGCGGAGAGAGGAGAAGAGAUGACAUUUUCCUGCAGGGCCUCAGGCUCUCCUGAGCCCACCAUCUCCUGGUACAGGAAUGGCAAGUUCAUUGAAGAAAAUGAAAAGUACUCAUUGAGAGGAAGCAAUACAGAACUCACUGUCAGGAACAUUAUCAAUAGUGAUGGGGGCCCUUAUGUCUGCAAGGCCACAAAUAAGGCAGGAGAAGAUGAAAAACAGGUGCUUCUCCAAGUCUUUGUACAGCCUCACAUAAUACAGCUUAAAAAUGAGACUACAUAUGAGAAUGGUCAAGUCACACUGAUAUGUGAAGCAGAAGGGGAGCCUAUUCCAGCAAUCACCUGGAAAAGAGCAGUGGAUGGCAUUACUUUUUCUGAAGGUGAUAAGAGCCCAGACGGACGUAUCGAAGUCAAAGGGCAGCAUGGAAGUUCUUCACUGCACAUUAAAGAUGUGGACUUGUCAGAUUCAGGGAGAUACGACUGUGAAGCUGCAAGUAGAAUUGGAGGGCACCAAAAGAGCAUGUACCUUGAUAUUGAAUAUGCUCCCAAGUUUAUAUCAAAUCAAACAAUUUAUUACUCUUGGGAAGGAAAUCCAAUAAAUAUAAGCUGUGAUGUGAAAUCAAAUCCACCAGCGUCAGUCCAUUGGAGAAGAGAGAAAUUAGUCUUGCCAGCUAAAAACACUACUAAUUUAAAGACAUAUAGUACAGGGAGAAAAAUAAUAUUAGAGAUUGCACCUACAUCUGAUAAUGACUUUGGACGAUAUAAUUGCACAGCUACUAAUCGUAUAGGAACAAGAUUUCAAGAGUAUAUUCUUGCUUUGGCUGAUGUUCCAUCAAGUCCCUAUGGAGUGAAGAUUAUAGAGCUGUCACAGACCACAGCCAAGGUUUCUUUCAGCAAGCCGGACUCCCAUGGAGGUGUGCCUAUUAAUCACUAUCAAGUGGAUGUCAAAGAAGUGGCAUCAGAAACCUGGAAAAUAGUACGCUCCCAUGGAGUUCAAACAAUGGUUGUUUUGAGCAAUCUGGAACCAAAUACAACUUAUGAAAUCAGGGUUGCAGCUGUAAAUGGAAAAGGACAAGGAGACUAUAGUAAAAUAGAAAUUUUCCAAACAUUACCAGUCCGUGAACCGAGUCCUCCAUCCAUACAUGGACAGCCAAGCAGUGGGAAGAGUUUUAAGCUAAGUAUCACCAAACAGGAUGAUGGUGGAGCCCCUAUUUUAGAAUACAUCGUGAAAUAUAGAAGUAAAGAUAAAGAAGAUCAGUGGCUAGAGAAAAAAGUGCAAGGAAAUAAAGACCACAUUAUUUUGGAGCAUCUACAGUGGACAAUGGGAUAUGAAGUUCAAAUUACAGCUGCCAAUAGAUUGGGAUAUUCAGAACCAACAGUCUAUGAAUUCAGCAUGCCUCCUAAGCCCAACAUUAUUAAAGACACACUUUUUAAUGGUCUUGGGCUUGGAGCAGUCAUUGGUCUGGGAGUCGCCGCACUCUUGCUAAUCCUGGUGGUAACAGAUGUCAGCUGCUUCUUUAUUCGACAGUGUGGGUUGUUGAUGUGUAUCACCAGGAGAAUGUGUGGGAAGAAAAGUGGCUCCAGUGGUAAAAGUAAAGAACUCGAAGAAGGAAAAGCUGCAUACCUGAAAGAUGGAUCAAAAGAACCAAUAGUGGAGAUGAGAACAGAGGAUGAAAGAAUUACUAAUCAUGAAGAUGGGAGCCCAGUAAAUGAGCCAAAUGAAACCACACCACUAACAGAACCUGAAAAAUUGCCUUUAAAAGAAGAAAAUGGGAAAGAAGUCCUAAAUCCAGAAACGAUAGAAAUUAAGGUUUCUAAUGACAUCAUUCAAUCAAAAGAAGAUGACAGCAAAGCAUAACAGGAAGAUUACAGUCUUGAAUGAUGAAUGCUACAAAGAGCAUUUGGAUUGCAGUGACCCUAUGACCAAAACUAUUCCACUGACCUUAAUUUCUUGGGAAACUUCUAGCUUGGAAUAGCUUGUACACGUAUACAUAAGAUCCAAUAUUCCUGCCCAUGGUCCAUUUCCUUUUGUUGUUAUUGUUGUCCUGUUGUUGCUUAUUUUGUUAUGAAUUUCAAUAGAGACCUGACUGGCACCAACUCUUGUGUAUUCAAUUGACUCUAUCAUUGAAGUACUGCAAUUUAUUAUAUAGGUGAAAUGCUCUAUUUCUUCAGAAGUGUAUUUCCUACCACAACCUCUCCACAAAUAAGAGCUUAAGAAAAAGCAAAACAAAAGCUUUAUGAGCUAAAUGUAUAAAAAAGCCCUGCAUGUUUUUAGUACAAUUUUGGGCAUAUAGAUUAUUAAAGUGGAUUUCAGUUUAAGAUGAAAAUACUUAAGAUUACACUUUUCAUCCAGAGAACUUCAGGGAAUUUAGGCUUGAAGGAGCUAGUUAUCUUUAGCAGAUGUUAAAUAUUGAGAGACACUUUGGAAAAUUAUUUUUAAGUUAUAAUUACAGUUGAUUUUUAAUAGACUGAAGUGCCAGAUCAAAAUUGUUACCCAUUUGAACGAAUAUUAGUUGUAUGUAAAAUUAGAUUAGAAAGAUUCCAUAAAUCUCUAUCUCUUAUAGAUGCCACAUUCACUCAUAAUGGAUUACACACAAUGAAAAUGUAUUACAAGUGAAAUAAUAUUGAUUUCUGCCCUCAGCUUCAAAUAAAGUAAACUGAAAUGGGAACAAUAUCAAUGUUGUCUUGAUAUAUUUAUAAAUGUGAUAUAUGUGGUUAUCUUUUACUUUUUAAACUAAUUUUAAUCAAAAAAUGUCUUUAGUGUUUAAAUACUUCAAAUCAUAAUCUCAGAUACAUUUUCCCCAUUAUUUUAGAUAAUCUCUCUUUAAAAAUUCAUUUUCCAAGUGUUGUAGGCCAACCAUUAUAUGUAAUUGGCUAAUGGAACUUGAAAUCCUUAGUGGUUAAAUUAUGGAGAAAUUAACAUUUAAACAUUGCCAUAAAAGUGUCCGUGAUAAGUGAUUAAAUUGCCACUAUGUGUUUUUAUUCUGGAUGUGGUAGCUAGAAGUCAUUUUAAGAUUUUGAUAAACAAUUUUGGUUCAAGAAAUUCCUUAGAUAAUCAACGCACAUUUUCUAAUAUUACUUAUUAGUAAUAUAUACCAGAAUAAACACAUAUUAACUUCCAAGCUAUGCAAGCUCCCAGAGGUAAAAGGCUGAAACAUACUUCUCACUUAUAUAUGAGGUUAAAAAUAUGUAUUUAUGAUUAUAAGUAGACAUACCAAAUGGGAGCAAGUUUUAGGUUAUUUCUUACCCUAGAGAGCCAAAGGUUUCUUUAGGCCCCAUCACAUUCAUAACCUUUCGUGUUUCAGGUGGUGAAGCUUAAAUAUAAUAGGUUAGGAAAUGCAGACCAAUAGAACAUUGGAGGAAAGUCUUAACAGUGGAGAGUGAUACUGCUAUUUUAGGGUAUUUCUCUAUGGGGAUCAUUUGACAAAUAUUAAGUGUAAUACCAACAUCACUCAUGAACACUUUUAUUUACAAAGUGCUUAAAACUGUCAACUUAGGAGAGACAACUAACUCUCCAAAACUGUAGUUAUUAGAGGACGGAAGGUGCCCAUCUGCAUGUUCAGGCACUAAUUCUCCACCGUGUCCUUGCCGUAGUGUACAGGGUUAUACGAUGCAGGAAUCUCUCCUUGCUGUCCUUUCAGGCACAUCCUCAAGAAAAAAACUUCCUGUGCCUACCUAAGAAUUUGAGUAGGAAUUAUCCAACUCAUCUCUUGAUGAAUUUGACUGUUGCUGUUUAAGUUAUGCUUUUCUGAUCAUCUCUUUGCUUUAUUUUACUUUCUUUUUCUUUUGUUUUCCCUUUUGUAUCAAUGUGAUAAAACUAAGGAAAAAAAUACUUGAAUUAGUUUGUGCAGAGUAACUGGGCUUAGCAGAGUGUCCAUGAAGCAAUCGGCAUGGAUGCUCAUUUUUCCAGGGUAGGGCUACAUGGUAUUAAAGUAAACACAGUGAAAGAAUUAGAAAAACUAAGAAAGCAGUUUAGCAUGUUUAUGCUUGUGAUAUCUGUGCUAUACUUCAAGAGCAGAGAAAUCAUAAUAAAGAACAAAUAUUUUUGUUUCCUCAGUCUGAAAGUUCUGAUUCUGUCAUUUCUUUGGACUUUUCACCAUAAAGCAGUUUGAUUAAAUGCUUAUUUUAUAUAUAUAUAUAUAUAUAAGUACAUUAUAUAUAAAUAUGUAGGCUGUUAAAUUUUUUGCCAUCAAUGUGGAGUGAUGAUCUGAAGUUAACAGAUAAUCUGAAACUAAUUGUAAACAGACUGUUUCAAGUGCAUUGUUUCAAUUGUCUGAGUGAUCCUUAUCUCUUGUCCUUGAAAUCCAUGCCUUGCGACAGCAAGAUUAUACUGUGAUAAACCUUUAUUUUUCCUUUCUUUUUUUUUAAGCAUUUCAAUGGAAUACUCCAAAUGACCCUACUUGUAAAAGUUUCAAAAUGAGAGCUGGUUUGUAGUAAAUUGUAAAAUAUGAGUAGACCUGAAAUGAUCUGUUUAUUUUUCAUUCUUUUUCUAAACUAAACAUAUCCAUACGUCUGUAUAAACAUUAUUUUUAAUGUCUGAGAGCACUCUUAAAUGUUAGUAAAAAUGUCAAAAGAUUGAACUGAAUAUAGGUAGUGUUAAAUAAUUGGAAUGCUGUGAUAUUUUAAACAAAGAAGCAAAAAUAUCUCUUAAAAAUCUAGUAUUUCUUGAUAGGUUAUGUGCAAUUAGGCAAUGACAAUCUAUAUUCAAUGACAUAUAAGAGAGAAAAGUAAUAUUAGCAUUUUAGCAUGUAUUUUGUUUUUAAAACUGGCAAAAAUUAAUGUGUCAAUGUACUUUAUAAUGAUCUGCAAAGAAAUUUAAAAUUUUUUAUUUCUAAAGAUUUAUUUAUUAUUUUUGUGGAUUGACUUAUGGCCAUUCAAUUGAUUCUAACAUCUAACAUUAAUAUUAAUGUAAUGCUUCUCAUUUUUUCCUUCAUUUUUUACUACUAAUACCUACAAAAGCAUUUUUUCAAAGGCUAUUUGAUCCAGAAAUGUUUACAUGAAUCUUGGUCUUUGAAUUAAACAUUUAUAUAAAUAGAAGAUUUUUAUUAAUCAAAUUAUUUAUUUGAAUGCCAACAAUUAAUUGUAACUUUAUAUUCAUACCUUAAGUUUAUGCUUCUUAUUUUAAAUAAUUAAGAGGUAUUUGUGCCUUUGGAUUAGCAUGAACUUUAUUAAAAGAAAAAAGAACUGCAAUCUCUAUUGAUAUAUUUUGCUUAUAUCUAUGACACUUGAAUGAUACUGUCUUAUCUAUAUUUAGUGAAUAAGCUCAGUUCAGGCUACUUCACCUUGAAUACAAAAUCUCAGUAAAACAAAUUAUUCUGUGCAACUUAGUUCCACUCCUGUUAAAGCAAUUCUUUUAAUACACACAGAAAACAUACUUAGAUUGUUCUGUAUCAUUGUUCUAGACAAUAAAUACAUUCUAGAUAUUGUUGAAAUUGAGUUUUACUAGUUGUGAAACAAAGACAACAGACUUCUAUUUAAAAUAGGGUAAAUUAUUAUGGUGUCACUUGGGUCUACAUUAUUCCUGUUAUAUAUUUGACCGGGGAUCAUAAAUCAUCCUUCAUUGUUGAUGAUAAGAUAAUCAUUGAUGAAAAUAUCUACAACUGAAUUGGUAAAAAGAACAAUCUCAAUUUCUUAAUUUUAGGAAAUAUUGAAAUAGCAUAUUACAAUUACAUAUUAAAUUUGCAAUGUUGUUUUUCAUGAAGAAUAAUAUAAAUGCUCAAUUUCAAUACCUCAUGGGUUCUUUUUCAUAAUCAUAUCCAAGAGCUUAUUCAACAGACUUUAUAAGUAGAUGAAAUUACACUUUUUAAAUAAGAUGGAUUGCAUUAUUCAUCUUUAGAAAGAAAAUAUUUGCAUCUUGAUAUAAACCCUUUGAAUCAUUAUUGCAUUGUCUUUCACACUGAAAUCACAUAUGGAUGUGUUAGCAUAUGCCAAAAUUCAACUCUGGAAGGCUCAUAGAAAUGAAACACUUCAAUCCUAAAGUGAAAAUCUCUCAAAAAUGUCUUCUAGUUACAGGCUUAAUAAUGUUGAGAUGGAAUGAUUACACAUGCAACUGAGCCUAUACGUAGCAAUUGCUGAACAAAUAUGAUUUCCUUCCAAGUUCCUCUUCUUCCUUUUUAAAAAUUGUAUUUUCCCAUUAGAUGCAGCUAUUUAACAACAUUACACAGAAUGCUAAUAAUUUCUUCUCUUAGACUCAUAUUAUAUGCGACAUUUAAUAUUUAUUUAGUAAACAUAUUUAAUAUCCUUAGAAAAAUAGUUUAUUAUUCACUAUAGGAUUUUACUGAUACUUUAACUACAUUAGUUGGUACCACUACUGUAAUUUCUUAAAUAUUUUCAGGAUUUUAACCACAUGAUGUUCUUAAUAGUUAAUAUAAAAAUUGUCCAUACAAAGUUAAUAUUGCCACUUAUUUUAAUCAUUUUCCUAAAAUUAAAGCAUAUAUCUUUUAGCAUCUGGUCUUAGCCUUCCUUGGAAAAAUGAAGUAUUGACUAUUGGAGCAUUUCAAUCACAACCAAACAUUGGAAAAUAGAUGAAACAAAGAACUGAAAGAAUUCAGAAAGGCAAACUGAACUCUGACACUAGGCGUAGGUAAGAAGGACCAUCAUGUGAGGUGUUGGAGCAAGGACAAGGAAGAUUGUACAGAUAAAAAUUAAGGCCAAUAAUAGUGAUGCGAAGGAGGAAACUUACAGAAAUCCACAGAAGAGAGUUAAUAUAAGUAGAACCUAUGAUUCAACUUUGCAAAUAGGAGUUAUUUUAGAGAAAAACAGGCAUUGUGUAAAAUAAAUGGUACUGUUAAAGAGAAAACAUAUCUAUUCCAAGUUUUGAAGGGAUGCUCAUGGUUGAGCAUUUGCCUCUAAACUCUGUUAGGCAUCUGUAAACUUAGAAAUAAAGUUUAAAAAAGAAUCUUAUUUUUUGGUAUGUGAAUUCUAUGCUGUGUUCAGUAUGCGGUAAAACAUGCUGCCUUUUAUUUUCUUUAACUUAUAUAAACCAUUCAAAUUCUAUAUUGUUAAGUUAGCGACCACAAAGUUUUCUUUUUGUUUCAAUAGAGUAAGUCCCUAUGAAAUGCUGUGUAUAUAUGUCUAAACUGUAAAAAUUAUACUGCAAAUGUUGAAGUUUUGUAUUUAUGAAAGACAUUGAAAGUAUGGCUUACAGUAUAUCAAAAUUGUCACUCUUCACCAUUUGUAUAUUAAUAGUAAAAAUACUUUUACUUUAAUAAAGUGUUGCAUUUAUGUUUAUUUUGAA